GCAACGCUGCUCAGUCCCGUCGUCUGUAGGUCCGAGGCACACGUGUUCCUCCUCCUCCUGACCUGACCUGUCCUCCUGAAGGGGCUCACGACGCCGGCGAGGUAGUUUGUGGAGGCCCUUCAUGGUGACGCUGUGCCCUGGACGCUGAGGGAAGUAGUAGCUGCUGCUUCAUAUAUCAGUAGAGCGCCCUGUAGUAAGUGAAGGAGCCGCCCACAAGGUGUUCAGCCGCUGACAGGGAGCCCAGCAGCCAUGGCAAGGCCCGGCGCCCCCCGCAAGUUUUAUGACUUUUCUGGCGAGGCGGGGCGAGGCGAGGAGGUGCCGGGCAGGGCCGAGAGGGACGCCAGGCCCGAGGAGCUGGUCAAGUUUGUGGCCGAGAACAUAAUAGGUGCUGAGGCUGUCUUCUCGUCACCCUUCGGCCCUCGCAAAGUGGUGUACUGUGACUAUACCGCCUCGGGCCGUUCCCUGGCCUUCAUCGAGGACUACAUCCAGAGCGAGGUGCUGCCCCAGUACGGCUCCACACACACCACGGCCACCGUCACUGCCCUGCAGACCACACUCUUCAGACAUGAGGCUCGUGACAUCAUCCGCAACGCCACGCAGGCCUCAGAGUAUGACCGUGUUGUGUUUGUGGGCAGCGGUGCGACGGGGGCGCUGCACAAGCUGAUCCACGGCCUGGCUCUUGAUUGCCCGCCUGUUGUGAUGGUGGGACCCUACGCCCACCACUCCUCCCUCCUGCCGUGGCGGGAACUCGGAGCUAAGGUCAUCCGCAUCCGAGAGACGGCUGACGGAGCCAUGGACACCCAGCACUUGGAGGAGGCUCUGGCCCAGCACCGAGGUGGACGAGGGCAGGUGAUUGGAUGCUUCGCCGCAGCUAGCAAUGUGACGGGGACAGUGGUGGAUGAUGUUAAGGUCACCCAGCUCCUCCAUCGCUACGGUGCGCUGGCGUUUUGGGACUGUGCUACAGCUGCUCCAUACGUCCCCCUGCGGAUGAACCCCACUGUGCCGGGCGACACUGAGGGUCAUGCCCACAAGGAUGCUAUUUUCUUCUCCAUGCAUAAGUUCCUGGGGGGAGUGCAAACACCAGGUGUGCUAGUGGCCAAGGAGAGGCUGUUCCGGCGACGCGACCCGGAGGUGUGUGGCGGCGGCUCGGUCUUCUUCGUGUCCAGAGACUCCCACCGCUACCUCCAGGAUGUAGAGACGAGGGAGGAGGGAGGAACACCAGCCAUUGUGGAGGCAGUGCGGGCCGGCCUGGUGAUGCAACUUAAGUCCGCCCUCACCCCGGCCUUCAUCACCGAAUGCAAUGCUCACCUGGCACGGGUGUUAGAGAACCUGGCAGGCAGUGUGGAGGAGCUAGAGCCACUGGGCAACCUCUCCAGCCCUGACCGUCUGCCCAUCCUCUCCUUCGUGGUGCGUCACCCUUCUUCGGGCCUGCUGCUGCAUCAUAACUUUGUCUGUGCCGUCCUUAAUGACCUGUAUGGCAUCCAGUCCCGUGGGGGUUGUGCCUGCGCCGGGCCCUACGCUCAGGACCUGCUUGGCAUGUCUGAGCCCCUCACCCAGCGCUAUGAGUCUCUGCUGCUAGAGGAUCCUCGUCUCGACCGGACUCACCUUCGCCGCAGACAGGAACACAGUGACCUUGAGAUGCUGCGGCCUGGCUUUGUGCGCCUUAACUUGUCCUUUGCUGCCAGUCCUGAGCAGGUGGACUUUGUGGUGAAAGCUGUGUCAGAGGUGUGCCAAAAUGCGUGGCGACUCUUGCCUCAGUAUAUCCUGAACCCAGAGACAGGAGAAUGGAAGCACCACACCAACCUGGUCUUCAGGGGCCGACAGUGGCUUGGGGAUAUCUCCUAUCGAGGAGGAAAAUUUACCCGACCUGAGAGGACCUUCCCACCUGGCCAGCAAGACCCACCACCAGACUACACAUUGUGUCUUGAGAAGGCCAGAGAGGUGUUCAGCCAAGCAUCAAAGGCCUCAUGGCGCCAGCUUCCAGACGACACCAUCCUGUUUCAAGGCGAAGCAGAAAAGUUACGCUGGUUCCUCCUCCCCAGUGAAGCCAAGACUAUUCUGUUGGGGAGUCACACUUCCCUGAGCCAGUACCCUGAGGCACCCUUCACCCCAGUACAAUACCCUCUGUCUGCGUCUGAGUUGAACAAGCGACCUGACUUUGUGUGGGAGGCAAAGGAGGAGAACUGGGUCAUGAGGAGGAGGCCGUGGGGUGAGGUAGAGAGGUGUGACGUAGAGGAUGGCAAUGGAGUAAGAGAGCAAGGGAAGAGUGGGUCAACUAGCAAGGAUGAAAAGAACGAAAGUGGACAGAGGACUACUAAUAUAAAAAAUACAAACCAUUCAGUGGCUAACAGGAAAACUAAAAUUGGAGAGCAUUAUGAUAGAAAAGACAACAAAGAGAUAGUAAGUAAAGCUGAAGAAACCCGACCAGAGAAUGAGAACCAAAUGGAAACUCAGGCAAAGAAUGAAGGACAGGAAGAAAAGGCCCAUCACACAGAACAAUGUAAAAAUGAGAAAAUCGAACCAGAGAAUGAGAACCAAAUAGAAACUCAGGCAAAGGGUGAGGAAAAGGAACAAAAGGCCCACACAGAACCUAACCUUAACUCCCUUAUCUCAGUGACUAGUGGGGAGAAAUGUGAUGAAACAAAGGAGUCAUCUUGUAGUCAGGAUGAGGUCUCAGGAGAGGUGAUGUGUGAGGGGUUGGUGUGCCUGAAGAGGAGAGGUGGCGGGCAAGGAACAGGGCAGGAAACGGUACAGAGGCCUGGCAAAGUGGUGGCCAAGUGGCACUCACCCCCAAAAAACAUCUUUAACCCCACAAUAGAGGCACUGACAGAGUUCGACAUGAUCCAUGAUGGUGACCGAGUGAUGGUGUGCCUGUCGGGGGGUAAGGACUCCCUCUCCCUCCUGCACACGCUCCGCCAGUACCAGUUCUAUGCCCGGGCCCGAGGGAUCACCUUCACCCUUGCCGCAGCCACCGUCGACCCCAUGAGUGCCGCCUAUGACCCCCAGCCACUCAUUCCUUACCUGGCUAGUCUGGGUGUGCCAUACUUCUUUGAGCAGCAAGACAUCCUGAGUCAGGCGGCAGAACUACCAAACCUGAACUCCAUCUGUAGCUUCUGUUCCCGCAUGAAGCGAGGGCGGCUGUACGCGGCGGCACGGCGGAACAACUGCAAUGUGCUUGCGUUUGGGCAGCACCUGGACGACCUGGCUGAGAGCUUCAUGAUGUCCGUGUUCCACAAUGGUAGACUGCGCACCAUGAAAGCUCACUACACUGUCAAGGAGGAGGACCUGAGGGUGAUCCGACCAUUCGCAUACGUCAGAGAGAAGGACUUGAGGAAUUUUGCAGAGUCUCGCAAGCUGCCAGUCAUCCCAGAGAACUGCCCAGCAUGCUUUGAGGCCCCCAAGGAACGGCAGCGGGUGAAACAGGUGUUGGCCCAGCAGGAGGUUCUGUUUCCUGGCCUGUACUGGUCCCUGCGCUCAGCCCUGCAUCCUGUCAUGGCCAUCAGCCGCACUGGUGUUGAGUCCACAGUGUUUGGCAAGAACGGUGUCCUGGCCACCUCAGGGAACAACAAGGCUCUCCCUCAGCACGAUCCAGAGGAGGACGAAGAGGAAACUUAAUACUGGUUCCUGCUAGCUUGGGCUUACCUGCAGCUCUGCCUCAGGCUGGGAGGCUGGGGGCACCACGGGCAGCUCCAGGGACUGUGAGCCCAAGGAGGACGAGCUGACUGGUGAACCUCCUUCGGUGCGGCCCAAACUGCUCUCACAGGCACUG